AUGGCAUCCUCCGAAUCAAAUGAUCAAACAAAUCGUAUUACUCCACCGACCACUGAAACCAAUUCUUCAAAUUUAUAUUUUCUGAAUUCAAAUGAAAAACCAGGUAAUAUCUUGGUUACACAACCACUGCUUGGAAUGAAGAAUUAUCACUCUUGGUCAAGGGCUAUGAUAUUAGCUCUCACUGCAAAAAGGAAGAUAGGUUUCAUUAAUGGCAAAAUCGUUGAGCCAAGUCUAGAAUCUCCUCUUUAUGAAGAUUGGUUAAGUUGCAACACAAUGGUGAUUUCAUUGAUGAUCAAUUCCAUGCAUGUUGAUGUCUUGAGUAGCAUAAUGUACUAUCAAACUGCCAAAGAAAUGUGGCUUGAAUUGCAAAAACUUUUUUCACAGGGUAGUGGUCCUAAGAUCUACAAUCUUCAGAAGGAGAUUUCUACCAUUUCUCAAAAUCAUAUGACAGUUACUAAGUAUUAUACAAGAUUCAAGAAACUAUGGGAUCAGCUGCUAAAUAUGGAGCCAUUACCAGAGUGUACAUGUGGAGCCAUCAAAGCUUUAAAUGUUUCUCAUGACAAGACUUAUGCUCUGAGGUUUUUGAUGGGUUUGAAUGAGAAUUUUGAGAAUAUAAGGACUCAAAUUCUGAUGCCACCUUUUCCCUUGAUUAGCAAAAUUUUAUGCCUUGGUUCUUCAAGAAGAGUCUCACAAGAAUGUAGUACAUGGAGGAUUUUAGACUGCAAAGCCUGA